UGUCUUGGUAGUCGCGGCUCUGGCGAUCCGCACCCUCCGUCUGCGGCAGCGGGGGCUGGCGGCCCCGGCCCCUGCCCGGCCCCCUCCUCCAACCUCAUGCCUCAGCCCUAACCCCGCCGCCCUCCCCUGCGGGGGGCCUUUCUCCGUGCCCCCUGCCCGCCCCGUCCACUUCGGGCGCCAUGAACGACCAGUACCACCGGGCAGCCCGGGAUGGCUACCUGGAGCUCCUCAAGGAGGCCACCCGGAAGGACCUGAAUGCCCCCGACGAGGAUGGCAUGACCCCCACUCUCUGGGCUGCCUACCAUGGCAACCUCGAGUCGCUGCGUCUCAUUGUGAGCCGCGGGGGUGACCCGGACAAGUGUGACAUCUGGGGCAACACACCGCUGCAUCUGGCAGCUUCCAAUGGCCACUUGCACUGCCUGUCCUUCCUGGUGUCCUUCGGGGCCAACAUCUGGUGCCUAGACAACGACUACCACACGCCGCUGGACAUGGCUGCCAUGAAGGGCCACAUGGAAUGCGUGCGCUACCUGGACUCCAUCGCGGCCAAACAGAGCAGCCUCAACCCCAAGCUGGUGGCCAAGCUGAAGGACAAGGCCUUCCGCGAGGCGGAGCGGCGCAUCCGCCAGUGCGCCAAGCUGCAGCGCAAGCACCACGAACGCAUGGAGCGGCGCUACCGGCGCGAGCUGGCCGAGCGUUCCGACACCCUCAGCUUCUCCAGCCUCACGUCCAGCACCCUGAGCCGCCGGCUGCAGCAUCUGGCGCUGGGCAGCCACCUGCAGUACUCGCAGGCCACGCUGCACGGCACGGCCAGGGGCAAGACCAAGAUGCAGAAGAAGCUAGAGCGGCGCAAGCAGGGCGGCGAAGGCACCUUCAAGGUCUCCGAGGAUGGGCGCAAGAGCGCCCGCUCGCUCUCGGGCCUGCAGCUGGGCAGCGACGUGAUGUUCGUGCGCCAGGGCACCUACGCCAAUCCCAAGGAGUGGGGCCGAGCCCCGCUCCGGGACAUGUUCCUCUCGGACGAAGACAGCGUCUCCCGUGCCACGCUGGCGGCCGAGCCUGCCCACUCGGAGGUCAGCACCGACUCAGGCCACGACUCCCUGUUUACCCGCCCCGGCCUGGGCACCAUGGUGUUCCGCAGAAAUUACUUGAGCAGUGGGCUGCACGGACUGGGCCGCGAGGAUGGGGGGCUGGACGGGGUGGGAGCGCCGCGGAGUCGGCUGCAGAGCUCCCCCAGCCUGGACGAUGACAGCCUGGGCAGUGCCAACAGCCUGCAGGACCGCAGCUGUGGGGAGGAGCUGCCCUGGGGCGAGCUGGACUUAGGCUUGGACGAGGACCUGGAGCCCGAGACUAGCCCGCUGGAGACCUUCCUGGCCUCCCUGCACAUGGAGGACUUUGCCGCCCUCCUGCGGCAGGAGAAGAUCGACCUGGAGGCUCUGAUGCUGUGCUCUGACCUCGACCUCCGCAGCAUCAGCGUCCCCCUGGGGCCCCGAAAGAAGAUCUUGGGGGCCGUGAGGAGGCGGCAGCAGGCGAUGGAGCGCCCGCCAGCCCUGGAGGACACAGAGCUAUAACGGGGGGCUCCUCUCCCCAGACCAAAAUGAAUUGCAAGUUGCCACAACCUAUGGUGGGGUCUCGAGGUCCUCACAGUUGCCAGCUCUGCAGCCCCCUUCCCCAGGAGCAAGGACCAGUUGGGGCGACUCCUUUGAAAGCCUGUCCGCACCUUGAAGCAGAGGGUGUGGCCUGGAGACACCAGAGGGGCAAGAGAGUGUUCUGGAACUCCAGUUUUGAGGGGUCUUGAAGGCCUUGAGCCACCCAUUCUGAGUAGCCCUAAAGGACAUGUAGACUUGGGGGAGGCCUCUGCAGAGGGAGGGCAGGGGCAUCAAAACUGGAUGAGAGUGUGGGAGGUGGAUGCGGGAGGGCGUGACUGUCCCGGGCGCCGUGGCCUCACCCACCCCUCCCCUGAUGGCCUUGUUCUCUUGUGCUCAGGCCAGAGACUUGCUCACUACCUGCAUUGUUGUGAAGGGAAGAGUUUGGGCUGCCUUCCCUCCUCCCGUCCACCCCAGAGGGGAAGUUCCUCAGCCAGACUCUUCAGCCAAAUGCCCCAUCUUUCAGUCUGCACCCCAUCCCCCCAUCCCAAGCAUAGCCAGCACCCCCUCCUUCACCUAGUGGCCAAGGCCCGGAGCUGGAAAGCCAGGUUGGGGUGGGGUGGGGGUACUGAUGCCCUUCCCAGCUCAUCUAGGGGUGAAGCCUGGCCUGUCUUCCUCCAGCCUCCCCCUUUUUCAAUGUGCAGCCUGGCCCCCCAGGGACCCCAGAGGGCCAGGGCGCUAGAUGCAAGGUGCUAGACCAACAGGCUGCAGUAUUAUAGCCCCCAGGCCUGGCAGGCAUGCGCUGGGCUAGAGAAAGGCAUCCGCCAACCUCCUCAGUCUCCCAGGGCCGGGACAGGCAGAACAGGGUGUGGCUGGGUGUCAGGCCUGGGGUGGGUAAGUCCUGUGAUGUGGACACUGGAGAAAGUGGAUAAUCUAAACUGCAGAUUGUCCCCAGGUCACCAGGGCUGUGUGCGUGUGCAUGUAUGCAUGUGUGUGCGUGCGUGUGUGUACGUGUGUCGUGUGUGUGAGCUUGGGUGAGUGUGUGUGCAUGUGUGUUCUCGCAUACAUGUGUACGUGUGUGUGUGCAUGUGCAUGCGUGCGUUUGUGUGCAUGCAUGUGUGUGCAUGCCUGUGUGUGUGUUUGUGCAUGCAUGUGUGUGUGCAUGCGUGUGCGUGUGUUUGUGCAUGCAUGUGUGUGCAUGCGUGCGUGUGUUUGUGUGUGCAUGCGUGUGUGUGCAUGCGUGUGCGUGUGUUUGUGUUUGUGCAUGCAUGUGUGUGUGCGCAUGCAUGUGCGUGUGUGUGUGCAUGCGUGUGCAUGUGUUUGUGCAUGCGUGUGCGUGUGUUUGUGUAUUUGUGCAUGCGUGUGUGUGCAUGCGUGUGCGUGUUUGUGCAUGCAUGUGUGUGUGUUUGUGCAUGCAUGUGUGUAUGUGUGUGCGUGUGUGUGCGUGUGUUUGUGUGUGCAUGCAUGUGUGUGCAUGUGUGUGCAUGUUUGUGUGUGCAUGCGUGCCUGUGUGUUUGUGUUUGUGCAUGCGUGUGUGUGCAUGUGUGUGCGUGUUUGUGUGUGUGCAUGUGUGUGCGUGUGUUUGUGUGUUUGUGCAUGCAUGUGUGUGUGCCUGCGUGUGCGUGUGUUUGUGUGUGUGUGCAUGGGUGCGUGUGUGCACGCUCACGUUGGGUGGUGUUUGGUAGGUUUCCCUCCAGGUCUGGUAGGGACUGGGCUGUUGCAUGAUUCUGUGUGGAUCGGGGGUAAGGGAGAGCUCACCUGUGUCCCAGCCCUCUGAUGGUGGCGAGACCAGGGGAAAGGCCAGCUCAGAGGGUGGUCACAGCAUGUGUCCUCUGAUGUGUGCCCCCAAAGCUCUCUAGCCAGACUGAGGUCACAGAUGUGGGAGAGUCCCUCAUGAGCCUGCUGACGUGUGUGUGCCCCUUUGCACCCCAUGCAGAGCUGCUCUCCUCCUUUCUCAGCCAUGGCCCCCCAUCCCUGACCUCAGCUGGGAAGCAGCUCCUGCUGGGAGCAUGGCCUCAGCCCCCAGCUCCUCCCGGGGCCCCCGUGGCUGGGGCAGGGGAAAGAGAGCCCUCAAAGGCCUCUUUCUGGUCUGUCUGGGGGUUCCCAUUCCCACACACGUGCCCAGAGUAGGGGGCAUGGAGGAGAUGGUCCCUGUCCUACUGCAGGACACUGAGGGCUUGGCUGCCUGCCACCGCCGUCUGGAGCCCACCGCAGCUCUUCUCCCUGUUCUCUGGGCCUGAGCCUGGGGCCACCCCCAAGUGCCGACUUGUUUCUGCCAGAGCCCCAGGUGCUGCCCCUUCUCUCCCAUUCCUCGUCCAUUUACUGCCGCAGCCCCUCCUGGUUCUUCUGGUGCUGGGGUGGAGCAGGCUCUGCGCUCCCACCACUGUACCCCGAAUCCCUCCUGCAGGCUCAUUACCACUUUUGUAGAGAAUGUUCUCCAUCA